AGCCACAGGCUUUAUUCAAACCAGCCCACUAGAAACACAAACAGAAGUAAAAGCCCCAAUUAACUAACCCCUCUUUCUUCUCUUCUCAACUUGCAGUAGAAUUCUAGGGCUCGAGAGAAGAUGACGAUGACAGAGGAGGAAGUGGGAAGGUUGUAUAGGAUUCGAAGGACGGUGAUGCAAAUGUUGGAGGAUAGGGGCUAUUUGGUGGUCGAAGCUGAGAAAGAGAUGAGUAAGACUCAGUUUUUGCAAAAGUUUGGGGAGAAUUUCAAGAGAGAAGACCUUGUUAUUUGUAAGUCUAAGAAGAAUAAUCCUUCUGAUCAGAUUUAUGUUUUCUAUCCGGAAGAAGCAAAGGUUGGUGUAAAGACUAUGAAGACGUACACCAACCGAAUGAAAUCAGAGAAUGUUUUUCGAGCUAUCUUGGUUGUCCAGCAAAGCCUGACUCCCUUUGCUCGUUCAUGCCAAGCUGAAAUAUCAUCAAAGUUCCAGUUAGAGGUUUUCCAGGAACAUGAGUUGUUGGUCAAUAUCAAAGAGCAUGUACUUGUUCCUGAGCACCAGGUGCUUACACCAGAAGAAAAGAAGGAAUUACUGGAUAGAUAUACUGUAAGAGAAACACAGCUUCCCCGUAUCCAGCUUACUGAUCCAGUUGCCAGAUACUAUGGGCUUACACGAGGGCAAGUUGUAAAAAUCAUCCGUCCAAGUGAAACUGCUGGACGCUAUGUCACUUAUAGAUAUGUUGUUUGAACUUUCAUAUUUUCAAGUAUUCCGGCAUAUUUGUUUUAAAAAUUGAGCCUGGAACUGUAACUGGGAUGAAUCUGCUUUAUUAAUCUAUAAAACUAGUAAAUGGGGUGAAUUGUUCUCGACAUUUGGUAUGGAAAAGGAUUCCCUGCUUUCAAGUGACCGGAAAGGGAGAAGAACAUUUUAUUCUCCUAUCUGUCAGGAAUGGUUGCCUCAUAGUUAUUAUGCAGCAAUUUUUCUUGUAUGCUUUUGAGAAAAUUCCCUAAAGCACUGUUUGAAAACAUAUCAUUUUUACUUCUCCCUUUGUUUGAUGGAAUAUGGUACAGUUUUGAAGUCAAAGUGAUUAAAUUUUGGGCAGUAUU